AUGGCCAACUUGAAUCACUUCGUCUUCUACGACUACCAGCCAUCAAUGGCUGCGGCUGUCAUCUUGAUUGUGUUAUUUGGGAUUUCAGCCGGUUACCAUUUAUGGCUUUUAGUCAAGAACAGAACGUGGUAUUUUAUCCCGUUCGUGAUAGGCUGUCUCUUUGAGACCGUGGGUUACAUUGGGCGGGCCAUAUCAUCUACUGAGUAUCCCGACUUCACCCAAAACCCGUACAUCAUCCAGUCCGUCCUGCUUCUUCUCGGGCCAACACUUUUCGCCGCGUCGAUAUAUAUGAUCCUGGGUCGACUCGUUGUCUUACUUGAGGCGGGCAACUACUCGAUGAUCAGGCCAAGAUGGCUAACAAAAUUCUUCGUGCUGGGGGAUGUCUUGUCCUUCUUUGUUCAAGGUGGAGGUGGAGGGAUCAUGACCGCGGCCAAGUCCCAGGAUGAUGUCCGCCGAGGCGAAAGCAUCAUUCUUGGCGGGCUGGGCAUCCAGAUCCUGUUCUUCGGCUUUUUCUGCGUGGUCACCGCCAUGUUUCACCGGCGUAUACGAAACGAGCCAACAAGCAAGGCUGUCACUGCAGCAGUGCCAUGGAAGUCACUGCUCUACGCCCUGUACGCCACCAGUAUGCUGAUCAUGAUUCGGUCAAUCUAUCGCGUUGCAGAGUAUGUUGAAGGACGAGGAGGCGAGGUACAGUCGAAGGAGUUCUGGAUCUACAUCUUCGACUCCCUGCCCAUGGUCAUUGUUGCACUGCUAUUCAACUGGUUACACCCGAGCCGUGUGAUUUACCGCUAUCCAAGCCUAGAAAUGCCGUACCUGAUGGAAAGUGGCAUCUCUGACAGCCAGCCUCGAUCAGGCUAUAAAUGA